AUGUCCUAUGACCGCUAUGUGGCCAUCUGUCACCCAUUAAAUUAUGAUGUCAUUAUGAAGAAGGAGAUAUGCAUGCAGAUGGUAGUUACCUCUUGGCUCCUUGGCAGUAUCUUUGGGGUCUUAUACACAGCUGGAAGUUUCUCUUUGUCAUUCUGUGGGUCCAGGAAACUUCCACAGUUCUUCUGUGAUGUCCCUUCUCUACUGAAGAUUUCUUGCUCUAAGAAGCAUGUCACCACUGAUGUUAGUGUGGCCAGUGGAGCCUUACAUGGACUCUUUGGCUUUGUGUGCAUUGGGUAUUCAUAUGGUUACAUCUUCCAAACUGUGCUGAGAGUACACUCAUCACAAGGACAUUCAAAAGCCUUCUCCACCUGUGUGCCCCAUCUCAUAUUUGUGAUUACAUUUUUAGUGACAGCUGGUUUUGCCUAUUUAAAGCCAGUAUCUGAUUCUGCUCAUCUUGUGGACUUUUUGGCAUCUAUUUUCUACUCUGUGAUGCCUCCAUCUUUGAACCUUAUAAUAUACAGCCUGAGGAGCAAGGACAUCAAAGCUGCUCUGUGGAAGUUUUUGUGGAAGUUAAAUCAUUGA